GCUCGUCGGUGAAUAUAUAUGUUGUGUAAAUGAUGUAUCCUCCUUUUGUUUAUGCGAGUAUUGCUACCGAGUGACGCGAGGUGCGAAAAAGAAGCCGCUCGUGGACGAAGAGUGAAAUUUAUUUCUCUUCUUUUUUGUAAUUCUUAAAUAUUUAAAAACAGUUAAAUCAUUGUGAAGAUGGUGCAUUUAAUGACACAAUCACGGAUUGAUAUUUAUCAAGUUUUUUGUCUUUUUUUGUUGUUUGGAACUGCAUUUGGUUACGAAACAGCACCGAAUAUAAUCGUCUUGAUGGCUGAUGAUUUGGGGUGGAAUGACGUUGGUUUCCACGGCUCGAAUCAGAUACCGACCCCAAACAUAGACGCUCUGGCAUACAAUGGAAUUAUAUUAAAUAGACAUUACGUUUUACCGUCCAGCACACCUUCUAGAACGGCGUUUUUUACCGGAAAGUAUCCGAUUCGUAUGGGUAUGCAAGGAGAAAGUAUACAGGGUGGCGAACCCAGAGGACUACCCCUCAGUGUGAGGAUUUUGCCGGAACAUCUACGGGGGUUGGGGUACACGACAAAGCUGAUUGGGAAAUGGCACUUGGGAUAUCACACGCCUCAGCACACUCCCUUGCACCGUGGCUUCGAUUCUUUCCUUGGCUUUUAUAAUAGUCACGUUUCGUAUUAUGACUAUAAAUACUCAUAUCAGAAUAUGAGCGGGUACGAUAUGCAUCGUGGCGAUGCUCCGGCUUACGGCUUAACCGACAAAUACGUGACGGAUCUUUUCACCGACGAGGCAGUCAGGAUUAUUCAGACCCACGAUCCGUCUCGACCGCUCUAUCUCCAAAUAUCGCACCUUGCUGUUCAUGCCCCUCUCGAGAAUCCGCAAGAUUAUGAUCACUACGAUAAACGAUUCAUGCACAUCGUGGAACAAAAUCGCCGCAAAUAUGCCAAAAUGGUAUCGAAAUUAGACGAUUCCGUUGGACUCAUCGUCAAUACUUUGGGCAGUCGAGGCAUGCUGAGGGAUUCGGUGAUUCUUUUCCUCACCGACAACGGCGCGGCGCCCGUUGGUAAAUUUCGCAAUUACGGCUCUAAUUUUCCCUUACGUGGUAUGAAAUAUACCCUUUACGAGGGUGGAGUGAGAGGAGUUGCUGUGCUGUGGUCACCAAGAUUGCGUAAAGCAGCACGUGUGUGCAACAACCUGAUGCACAUAACCGACUGGCUGCCAACCCUCUAUGCCGCCGCUGAUGGCGAUCUGAGGGAUUUGGGGAAGAUCGACGGGAUGAAUCAGUGGCGCAUGUUGAGCGGCGGCUAUCCAAUAGUCAGAGACAAGCUGCUGCUGAACAUCGACGAGAUUUCCAAGACCGAGGGUGCCAUAUACAAGCAGUACAAACUUCUUCGAGGAUCGAUCGAGAACGGUCAUUAUGACGGACAUCAUCGACACGAUUUUGAAAGAAGUUAUAAUAUAUUACCCCCGCUUUUUGGCAACAAUUCGAGAAAAAACAUACAGGAGGAUGUGCCACCAUACACCGAGACCAUUCUAACAAGUGCGGUAUCACAGAGCAUCACCUAUCAUUUGGGUGGUCCAGUUACUCAACCCAGCACAAUGGUUCAGUUACGUAACGAAGCUACAGUCUCUUGUCGCUUCAAUGUUAGUUAUUAUACUUUUGUCACUUGUAACGUCACCGAGUGUCUCUUCGAUAUCGAGAACGAUCCCUGCGAAACGAAGAAUAUCGCCGAGCAAUAUCCGAGGAUCGCUCGGGAACUGGAUCAGAUUCUGGAGCAAUAUGCACGGAAUAUCGCAAUGCAGAUCAAGCCGCCAGUAGACUGGCUCGCUGAUCCAAGAAGAACGAACAAUACGUGGGAACCGUGGAUACCAUCAGGCGAUAUAUUUGUGUACAACGCGGCUGCUCAACUGGUCGGUUUGGCGUAUUAUCUUCACAUCGGGAUCAUCCUCGUAGCAGUCGUAUGCAAAGCUUUCGUUUGAACAAUUCGAAACGCAGAUGUGCACGUAAUGAAAUUCCGUCGGUCCAAUUAAAGUAUUCGCUAUUACGUGGAGCCGAUUUCGAAGUUCGAGAU